AUGGCCCAUGUCGCCCACAAAUGUCGGAUCCUGAUCCUCUGCGGCCGGCUGCUCCCGGCGCUGUUUCCACGCUGUACCGCCGGGCCGUCUUUCCGUCUCGAGGCCCCCGCAGGAGGCGGCGCUUGGGCCCACGAGGCGCCGCUGACGAGCGCCGAGAUAGACGAGGUCUUGGCGUUCAGAUUCGACGAUUUGUCCAACUUUCUCGAGCCGGAUGCGUUUCCUCCUUUGGAUCAUGCGGCUGACGUUGGCUUCCCCCAGGAUAUCUUCUCUGGAUUUCCGUCCCCAUCGUCGGCUGCUCCUUGUCAUCAUUCUGCUGGGUUGGACCACCUAUCCGAUAAACACAUUCGCAUUACAGCCUCAGGAGACAGGAUCAAUCUUCCACCCAACAAGUCCAACUCCAUGGACAGAAUUGAAGAUGUUGCACUUCAAGAUAGUAUAUCUGACCACGAGAGUUUCCCAGAGACACAUUCUUCCUCAUCCUCAGGGCCAAAGAAUACAAGCCUGCCGCUCAAACGCUUACAUCCACAAUCAACCCAGAAUGAUAUGUCUCCAAACCAGCAUAAUUCACGACGGAAAACAACUGCUUGGACAUCUUGCUCUGAGCAGCUGUCAGGGACACUUUUCCCUCCAAGUUCAGCACGAAGCCAGAGCCGGAUCAUGCAAGAUCUCGGAGAGAAUCCGCCUGGUAGUUGCUUGGACAGUCUGCCCCCGGCAGAUAGUCCACAAAGUCAUGCAUUGAAUCAGCCAUCAAAUGGCUGCAGUCCUGUACCAGAUAGUAGAAAGUCCCAACAGAUCCCAAAUGCUGAAGAUUUCCCCCUCUUGAAUAAAAUUUUGAGGGGCUCAUCAAUUGAAGAAGAAGACAAAGAUAAGAAUCUGUUUGAAAUAUCAGAUCUCGAAUUGAAGAUCUUUGCAUGGCUCAACACAGUAAGGCUUGCACCCAAAAAAACGCUGGGUAAGUGUGCCCAUCCGGCACAGGAUAAAUCAACCCUCAAGAGCUCUAGCAUAUUGUGGAAGAUUCUUGGGAAGGAAACUGUUAAAUGGAAGACCCUUCCAAGUCUCAUUCAAAUGGUUAUCAAACAUGGAAAUCUUUCUGGGAACCAAGUUAUCCUGGAGACCAGGGAGUUGCUUGAAGAGGUUGACUUGCGCAACCAGCAGUUUCUCAAGCUCUUCACUACCCCUGGUGAUCCCAAAGACCUGAAAGCCUUUUAUUGGGAAAAACACACAUCUAAUGAAAAAUUGAGGGCAGAAGAAUACUUGGAGCUGCAUCGAUGGCUGGACAAAAAACUUCACAUCAAGCAUCUGAGCACUGAAUAUGCACAGGAUGGUGAUCCAGAGCUCCUGCAGGGUACCAUGCUUGAAUCAUUAUCUGAAUUUCAGGAGAAGCUCUUUGGUUAUUUUCAGGAGAAAGGUACAAACAUUGCCAGCUGUAUACCUGGCCAAAACCGAUGGAAUUUCAUCUACAAUAAAACUAAGAGCAGGGGUCCAUACACCAUCUCUGUACAUGAAGCCAUGAAAACCAGGACUGCAAUGUGGAUUCUGGGAGAAUAUUAUAAAGGGAAGAACCGGGAGGCUUGGGAAUAUGUGUUUGGUAAAAAUGAUGAAAACUUCUUGAAAGUGUUUGCGCUGAUCAAGAACAAUAGUUUCAAUAAUUACCCUGGUAGUAAUUGGCAAGUGAGCCAUGAAUUAGAGCACUUGAAGAUCCUCCCUUGGCGGCGAGACCUGAACCAAGUCUCAUACGAUCCGUUUUUGGAUAAGCAUCUCAUCAAAUCAAAGCUUCUGAAACGGCUCAAUAAACUCAAUUGGGCUUUGGUUGACAGUCAAGUGGACCAUUACCUGUGA